AUGUCUGUUGAGGAAUCGGAUUCUGAUGAAAGGACACUGUAUAUAGCCGGAAUAAGUGAGAAGGUGACGGAAAAAUUGCUAUAUGAAUUGUUUUUCCAAGUAAGUCCUGUAGAACGUGUAUCAAUACCUAAAGAAAAGGAUGGGAAGAACAAAACAUUUGCAUUCGUCACAUAUAAGCACCUGAUUGCUGUUCCCUAUGCUUUAAGUAUAUUUUCGGGAACAAAACUUUUUGGGCGGGAAUUGACUUUGAAAAAUCGCAGCUCAAAUUCCAAUAGAAAUUCAUUUUCAAACUAUACAUCCCCAAUGUCACUAUCGAAGAACUUUGCAAAUCCUUUAUUAAAUGCCAUAAAUUGUCGUGAUGAUAUGCUACCUCAAAGUAAUGUUAUGAUGCCUCAAAUGCAGCAACCGUUUGCAAAUUUAAAUCAGCAAUAUCUGCAACAACAACUUAUGGCAAUGGCAACAGUUCAAGCAAUGCAAUUAUAUGGAACUAAUAAUUCUGAUAUAUUUCCAUCAACAAGAUCUGAUAAUAUUGGAUCACAACGAGAUUUAGUUGAUAGAAAUCGAUAUCACAGAGAUGACGAGAGGAAUAGCAGGAGUAAACCAUAUCGUAGAUCACGCUCAAGAUCACCGCAGAACAGAAAUACGAGAGACCGUUCACGAUCACCGAAUGAUAAUCGUCAAAUGUAUCGUGAAAAAGAAAGAGACAGACGACGAGAUGAUCGUAAUGGAGGGUAUAAUCGUUGGAAUUACCGGAAAUAA